AUUUUUUUUCAUACUUCAUCGUAGUUCGGAUUCGUACAUCAUCAGAAAACAUGGCGGUAUUCAAUCGUCUGAGACAUGCAGCCCAAUUAACAAAAUUAUUGCAAAAUUACAAUAAUCUAAAGUAUAUUAAACCGCAGUUAUAUUCAAACCCCCGGGCUUUUAAUAGAAGUGUGCGAUUGCUAUCCUCGCAAGCCGCCGAAAAUGCAGCUCAAGAAGAUUAUCAUAACAUCGUACAAGAUAUCGAAAAACCAACAGGUGAAGGCGCUAAACAUGAAUUUCAAUCCGAAACUCGUAUGUUACUUGAAAUUGUGGCCAAAUCUUUAUACUCCGACAAAGAAGUAUUUAUACGUGAGUUAAUUUCAAAUGCAAGUGACGCAUUGGAAAAAUUACGUUAUUUGCGACUAAGUAAAAAUUUGUCUCCCGAAGAGGGCGGAGAUCGCGAAUUAGAAAUUCAUAUUGCGACUAACAAACAAAAUCGCACUUUAAUAAUACAAGACACGGGUAUUGGGAUGACUAGAGAUGAAUUGAUUUCUAAUUUGGGUACAAUUGCGCGCUCUGGUUCUAAGGCAUUUCUAAAUGAACUAAAAGACAAACAAUUAGACUCAGCUAAAAUAAUUGGACAAUUCGGUGUAGGAUUUUAUAGUGCGUUCAUGGUUGCAGAUAAAGUCGAAGUAUUUACAAAAUCCUAUAGCCAAGAUGCUGAAGGACUUCAUUGGUCUUCUGAUGGAACGGGAUCUUACGAAAUCUCACCAGCAGAAGGCGUGCAGCCUGGAACAAAAAUAAUAAUUCACUUGAAACAAGACUGCCGUGAGUUCAGUGAUGAGUCUAGUUUGAACGGUAUAAUAAAAAAGUACAGCAAUUUCGUUGGAAGUCCGAUUUUCGUUAACGGAAAGCGAGUGAACGUGAUCCAGCCUCUCUGGAUGCUGGACCCGAAAGACGUGACAGCGCAGCAACACGCUGAGUUUUAUCGGUUUAUUUCAAACUCCUUUGACGCUCCGCGAUUUAUUCUUCACUACACAGCGGACGUGCCUUUGAGUAUUCGCGCGCUUUUAUAUUUUCCUGACGACAAGCCCGGACUUUUCGAAAUGAGCCGCGACACUUCCGUCGGCGUCGCUCUUUACAGUAGAAAAAUAUUGAUAAAAAGCAAAGCGGAUAAUUUGUUGCCCAAGUGGCUGCGCUUUGUUAAGGGAGUUGUUGAUUCCGAAGACAUUCCACUUAAUUUGAGCCGUGAGCUGCUGCAAAACAGCGCUCUCAUUGCCAAGUUACGAAACGUCUUAACCGGACGUAUUCUAAAAUUCCUCUAUGAUAAAUCGACUAAAGAACCCAAAGAAUACAACGAGUUUUAUUAUGACUACGGUUUGUUUCUAAAGGAAGGAAUCGUUUCGUCAAACGAGCAGUCGGAGAAGGAAUCGAUCGCGAAACUGUUGCGUUUUGAGACUUCGGCCAAACCUGCAGGGGAAGUUAUCAGUUUGCCUGAUUACUGUAAGAAUUUGAAUCCUGACCAAAAAGACAUUUAUUAUCUCGCGGCACCGAACCGCGAAUUAGCUGAGCAGUCACCUUAUUACGAGUCGUUCAAAAAAAGGAACUACGAAGUGAUUUUCUGCUAUGAGCCGUAUGAUGAACUGGUUCUAAUGCAACUAGGGCAGUACAACUCAAAGUUCUUGACCUCUGUGGAAAAGGACAUGCGCCAAAGUACGGAAGAGACCGAAAAAAUUGAUAGCAUAAACAAAGAAGAAAUUGAUAAGCUGUUGGGUUACAUAAAAAGCGUGUUGUCAAAAAAAGCUUUUGAGGUUAAGACGACAAAUCGGCUGGAAAAUCAUCCCUGCGUUGUCACUGUCCAGGAUAUGGCGAGCGCGAGACAUUUUAUACGCACGCAGAGCCAGAAAUUAAGCGAUGACAUGAGAUAUAGUUUACUGAGACCAAGAUUUGAGAUAAAUAUCAAUCAUCCGAUCAUUAAAAAACUCAAUCAUUUGAGCACAAGUGAUCCCAAACUGGCGGAACUUCUUACGCAGCAGCUUUUUACAGGUGCGAUGGUUGGCGCAGGAUUGGUAGAAGACCCCAGAAUAUUGUUGACGUCUAUCAAUGAGCUACUGACCCUAGCGUUAGAAAAACAUUAGAAAUAUUUUUUUUUAUUUUAAAAAUACUUUAAGUUGUAAUUAAAAAAAUAUAAAAAACUUGUAAUGUAAAUGUUGAAUAAAUGUUUUUUUUUA